GGCCGGGGUGGAGCUGCCGCAGGGCCGCCCCGCGGGGCUCGGCCUCCCGCUCGCUGGGCUCCGCCUGGGGCUGACCCCAGGCAGGGAGGGCCUCGCUGUCCUCGUCACGCCUGCCCGGCGCCUUGGCCGGCCCCUGCCCCUCGUCCCCAGAGGCAGCCGCGUUGUCACCUCGUUGCCGGGAGGCAGUUGCCAUCCCCUCCGUUAACGGAGAGGCUUGGGUUCCUCAGAGACAAGCUGCGAGCUUCAGAGCAGCUUUUUUAAGGCUAGAUUGUGCGUUGGCUGCAAGGAUGUGGCGUCUCGGGUUUCCAUGCUCCUGGGGUUGUGCCAGCCUGGUGGUCAACAGCCACUGCUUAUAGACUUGGCAAACUCUUCUGCACCCUAUUUUCCUCCUACGCACAUGGGCAGCGAAGGUACAAGCAGCUCCCCAGCAAGUGGCUGAAGACAAAUUUGUAUUUGAUUUACCGGACUAUGAAAACAUCAACCAUGUAGUGGUCUUCAUGCUGGGAACUAUACCAUUUCCAGAAGGAAUGGGAGGAUCUGUCUAUUUUUGUUAUCCGGACCAGAAUGGGAUGGCAGUGUGGCAGCUGCUGGGGUUUGUCACUAAUGAGAAGCCAAGUGCCAUCUUCAAAAUUUCUGGUCUGAAAUCUGGGAAGGGAAGUCAACAUCCCUUUGGUGCCAUGAACCUCCCUCAGACGCCAACGGUGGCCCAGGUUGGAAUCUCAGUGGAACUGCUGGAGAAUCUGGCCCAGCAGACUCCUGUUGCAAGUGCUGCUGUCUCAUCAGUAGAUUCAUUCACAGAGUUCACUCAGAAGAUGUUGGAUAACUUCUAUAACUUUGCUUCCUCAUUUGCUGUUACUCAGGCACAGAUGACCCCCAAUCCUUCUGAAGCUUUCAUUCCUGCCAAUGUUGUUCUGAAAUGGUAUGAGAACUUCCAGAGACGUCUGACACAGAACCCACUCUUCUGGAAAACAUAAGCUUAAACCGUGUUAGUUGAAGUGAUUUCUGUUACCUGACAGAGAAGUAUCUGGCAACUUCACUGCAGAAUUAGGAGGAGGGAAACCGAAUCAGAAACAAACGAUUAGUCUGAACAGACCAACUUGUAACUUUUGUAUUGCUCCUGACAAUUAUUUAAAAUUAAAAUGUGUGAAAACUG